GGAACGUUACAAAGGUCCAAGCGGAAGUACAUCGUUCCCUGCCGGACUAACAGAGUGUAACACCGAGCGGUGAGUGUAGCGGGUAAGUUCAAAUAAAGUCACCACUAACGGAGCGACGAUGUCUUCGGUUCAGCAUCUGAAAGAGUUCAUCUCCCAGCGACUGACCACUGCUGCUGUGGAAAUAUUCGGAGCCUUUGAACAAACCAUCGUCGAGUACGAAGAAGAGCUCGACCGUCAGCGCAGACUGUUGGACGCUGUGUUAAGACCUGAGAUCAAACUACACAGGAUAGAGAUUCCAGAUGUGUGUGAGAAAGAGGAGGAGGCAACCACUCACCUGCAGAUCUGUCAUCACAUAAUAAAGACCAGUCAAGAUGAAGAUAAUUCAAAUCCUCUACAAAUAAAAGAGGAACACGAGGAACCACGCACCAGUGAGGAAGGAGACACGCUUGUUCUGAAGCAGGAGACCGAUAAUGUGAUGAGUUCAGCAUUCGAGGACAAUGCAGCAGAAGCAAAUGGUGACAGUCAGCUCCUCUCUCACAGCUCUCUUGUUACCCUGAAUGUAGACAACUCUAUGACAAAGACUAACAUAGAUAAAAUGACUUUUAAAUGUACCGCAUGUAGUAGAACCUUUAAGGGUAAAUGUGCAUUACAGAUGCAUGUAAAAACCCACACGAAGCAACAUCUGAUAUGUAACACAUGUGGAAAGAAAUUCCCGUUUUCAUCAACAUUAAAAAUCCAUGAGAGGAUCCACACAGGUGAGAAGCCAUUUCCCUGUAAAACCUGUGGGAAACAAUUUAGACUAAAACCACAUCUAGAAGCUCAUCUAAGCAUCCACACAGGUGAGAAGCCAUUCCCCUGCAUAACCUGCGGGAAACGAUUUAGACGAAAACCAUAUCUAGAAGCUCAUGUAAGGAUCCACACAGGUGAGAAGCCAUUCCUCUGCAAAACCUGCGGGAAACGAUUUACACAUAAAUCCAGUCUGGAAACUCAUCUAAAGAUCCACACAGAUGAGAAGCCAUUCCCGUGUAAAACCUGCGGGAAACAUUUUAGACGAAAACCACAUCUAGAUGUUCAUCUGAGGAUUCACACAGGUGAAAAGCCAUUCCCCUGUAAAAUCUGCGGGAAACGAUUUAGACUAAAACCACAUCUGGAUGUUCAUUUGAGGAGUCACACAGGUGAGAAGCCAUUCCCCUGUAAAAUCUGCGGGAAACGAUUUAGACGAAAAACACAUCUAGACGUUCAUCUAAGGAUUCACACAGGUGAGAGACCGUACCUCUGUAACAUCUGCGGCAAAGCCUUCCAGGAACAAAGAAGUUUGAAACGACACAUCAUGGUGCACACAGGUGAAAACCCUGUUCCUUUGCAUGUAAACAAAGCUUUACAGGUGGUUAAACCUUGUUGAACCACACGAGGUCUCACAGUUCUGUGUGGGACUGUGCAAAAGCUCACAAACAGGAAGUUAUGUUCAUGUGGUAUAUUGUCUUUUUUUUAAUUUCCUAAUAAAAGGAUUUGUCAUGA